CGCGUUGCUGGCCCUCUCAGUCGCGACGCGCUCGUCACGGGGUGCAGAUCGUACGCCGUUCGUCGCUUCGACACCCUUCGCCGCGCGCAGCACGCGCUUCUCACGCGGACUGUCGUCGCCGUACGUCGCGCGGCGUCCACCGCGUCCCGUAUUCGUAUCCGCGUACUAUUCGUAAAGCGCGAUCUCGUCGUGAAAACCGUCACGUUGCCGUCGUGAUCGUUGUCGUCGCGUUUCGAGGUGGUUGGUGGUGGGUGGUUUGACGGUGAAAUCUGACUUCUUCUCUCGGACAAAACGCGCCUCGAUGCGAUAGACGUUUUUCGGUGAGACUGAGAUAAGUGUGACAGUAGUUAGAAACUGUUAAAAAAAAUAGAGAGAGAGAGAGAGAACACAGCGAGAAGGAGAGCAAAGAUUAAUAAUUAAGUGUGCCGCGUGGUGCAUCCAAGUAGGGACGCAAAUACCCCCCCUCCCUCCCUGCCCCUUUGUCGGGACUGUCCUGAUCCCUCGGGAGACUCUCCAUCGUAUAUGAUGCUUCGUAGGGAGAGACAAGGCGAACUCUAAUUUUUUUGGAAGCGGUGGGAGUGAAUUCAGAGAGAGUACUCGAGUGUGUGUGUAUAUAUAUAUAUAUACAUAUACAUAUACAUAUACAUAUACAUACGAUUGUGAGCCACGUUUUCGGAGUUAGGCUGAAACGAUGCUCGAUCGCGACGUCCCAACGGGACGAUGACGCCCGCGUCGGUCCGCGUCUGACAGGUCCGCGCACGUUGCCACGAGGCGCGCGGAUAAGGCUCUCGUACUCUUCCCGCGUCACUUCGCGCGGAAGGAAUCUGAAGGUUUUGCGUGUGGCUGUGCAUGUGCGUGUUGCAGAUGCGGUCUCGUUGCUGAUCCAAUCAAGGUGAACGUUACCGAGAAGCAGAGGCGAGACGCACCACGAGGAGGCGACUGGAGGAAGAGACGAAAAGACGAGGAAAAACGGUGGAGAAAGCGUAAAAGGAAAAACUCGCCCGACGACGUAGAGGAAGUCGAAGGCGUUCCUCUUCGAGAGAGAGAGAGAGAGAGAGAGAGAGAGAGAGAGAGAGAGAGAGAGAGACAAGACAAGCAGAAGCUGCAUCACAUUCGAUCAUGACGCAACAAAGCGGAGCUGGGUCACCCCAGCAGUUCUGUCUGCGUUGGAACAAUUAUCAGACUAAUCUGACCAACGUCUUCGAUCAGCUCUUACAGAGCGAAAGUUUCGUGGACGUAACCCUGGCCUGUGACGGGCAUAGCGUUAAGGCUCAUAAAAUGGUCCUGUCGGCUUGCAGCCCGUACUUUCAGGCGCUCUUCUUCGACAACCCCUGCCAGCAUCCUAUAGUCAUCAUGAAGGAUAUCAAGUGGCCGGAGCUCAAGGCCGCGGUCGAGUUCAUGUACAAGGGCGAGAUCAACGUCUCCCAGGAGCAGAUUGGACCAUUGCUCAAGGUCGCGGAGAGUCUCAAGAUCCGCGGCCUCGCGGACGUCAACAGCGAGCAGGAGCUGACGUCCAGGCCGACUCUGGAGGAGGUCGCGACCGCGGCGAUGCAACGGAAGAAGCGUCGCCGGAUAUCCGGCGAUCGCUCACCAUCCGGCAACAGUCCGGAACGUGUCGGCUCCGGCAGCAUCGGCCCCGACGACGACGUGAUCGGUAGUAACAUCGUCGUGCCCGAGAUUCACAGCAUGGUGCCGUCGACGGCCAGCUCGACCCCGAGAUCUCUCGGCUCGCCCAGCACGCCCAGCAUCUCCGUCACGCCGCAGAUCAACCUGCAGGAACUUCCGGUCUCGCUACCCUUACCGCCACCCCCGCCGCCACCGCCGCAGGGACAGCAGAGCUCGCACCCCCUGUCGACCCACCACGUGCCCGGCCACGUGACUUCCGGUCCGCACGCGCCCGUCAACCACCUGGGCGCCCACAGCCAGCAGCUCAGCGUGCAACAGCAGCAGCAGCAACAACAGCAGCAGCAGCAGCAGCAACAGCAGCAUCAUCAACAGGGCGCCGGCAAUCAGCCCGGCGCCGGCGACGACCUCGAGAUCAAACCCGGCAUCGCGGAGAUGAUUCGGGAGGAGGAAAGGGCCAAGUUGUUGGAGUCGUCCCACGCUUGGCUCGGCGCCUCCACCUCCAGUAUAGCAGCAGACAGCUACCAGUAUCAGCUGCAGUCCAUGUGGCAGAAGUGCUGGAACACCAACCAGAGUCUGGUGCACAAUCUGCGCUUCCGGGAACGUGGACCCCUCAAGUCUUGGCGGCCAGAGACUAUGGCGGAGGCGAUCUUCAGCGUGCUGAAGGAAGGACUCUCCCUCAGCCAAGCGGCAAGGAAAUACGAUAUCCCCUACCCGACGUUUGUCCUGUACGCAAAUCGAGUACACAACAUGCUGGGUCCUAGCGCCGACGGCGGGGCCGAUUUGCGCCCGAAGGGACGAGGACGACCGCAGAGGAUUCUGCUGGGUGUCUGGCCAGACGAGCAUAUCCGCGGUGUGAUUCGCGCGGUGGUAUUCCGCGACGGGCACUCGCCACACAUCGUCAAGGAGGAGCCGACCACGAUGUACCCCAGCCUGGCGAAUUACGCGGCUUGCAACGGCCCGGAAGGCGCAGUCAGUCCGGGCGCGGCAGCUGCGGCUGCGGUCGCGGCAGUCGCUCAAGGUUUGCGACAUCAGAUGUGCAGCAUGGUGGCAGCGGCGCAUUCGCAGCAACACGAUAUGAUGGCGACGAACCUGUCGACGAGUCUGUCUACCAGUCUGUCGUCAAAUCUACAAGCGGCGAUGCAGGCUAGCCAGCACCACAACAACAAUAAUACGAGCAACGCGAGUGGCCUGGUCGGCAGCAGCAAUAGCGCCGGCAACAACAACGGCAAUUCGCCAUUGAAUCUCGGCCUGGCGAGCCCGGGUUCGGGUGGACCGCCCGAGAGUCCGUUGGAGAGUCCCCUGGCGAGCCCGUUGGGUCCGCUGAUGGAUCCAGCGGGCCACAUACCCAGUAGCGUGGAAGUCGGCAUCGGCGUGAGCGGCAUGACGUACAAGCCGGCACGGAGCUUUGUCAGUCCACGUCCGGAGAAUCUCUUCCAGGAGGACAUCGCCGAUCUGGUGAAGAGCCCCCACGGUCUUAAGGACAAGGACAAGAUCCCGGUGAAGCUUGAACCGCUCACGGACUCGCGCUGCGAAUAGUAAGUCAUUAUGGUGGCUGCGGAACGAGGAGGAGAGACGACUACAUCAGCUCCUACGGGAUCGUCGGCCGUGGAAGGACGAGGUGCGUCGAUGACCCCGAGGAGGAUCUCUUUCUCUUCGAGGCCGUCAGCGGCCGAGGACCGGUGAUGCGAGCCGAUAGACUUCUCGCGAAGAAUCGAGCACUGUCCGAUUCACUUCACCUCCAUUCUCGCAGGAGUUUAUAAUAUAUAUAAACGCGACUCCGAACGUUAUACGCGAGCGCGCGAUGUAUUGUGCAUACGAAAAUCUUAGAGGGAUAUUAGAGAAAAAGAGAGGCUUACAAUCAAAAGAAAAAAAAAAAAAAUAAUAAACUGACGGAGACACACGAGUGCGGACGAGAUAAGCUAGAGUGUCGAGAAUUUCUCGCCUGGGCUCUCAGCUCCGGGGAAGAACGAUCGAACGGUAGUGGACCGUCCUAGACGAGGAUCGCUCGGUCGGAACCUUCGACAGCGGAAAAGCAGAAACGGAGGAAAGGAGAGAGAGCGAAAGAGAAUAAAAACCUUCUUCUAGCAAACAUACUAUAGCUAUACUAGGUCGCCGGCGCCUCGCGAGCGCGCCGCCACCUUUUUCCAAUCUAGAUAGUCGUGUCAUCGUCGUGUCGUACAGACUAUGUACAUGUAAUAAAGGUAAAAAAAAAACCCCCACACGUUACACACACGCGCACACGUAUGGAUAUACAUACACUCACACAUGGAUACACGAGCGCGCGCCGUACAUAACAAGAUACACACUCGAAAUUUAUACCUACGCAUUAUACGAAUAACUGUACUUUUAAUGCCAAAUGUAUAAUAACUCGUAAGGGGUCGCCUACUGCCGAAUGAUUGACUAUUCGAGACGGGUAUCGAGAUGAGAAAAAUAAGCCGCCUCGAACAAAGCUGCACGUUGUAUUAUCGAGUCCUUACACAACGUGUCAUGGAUCAGUUUGUGAUACACUCCUAAUUUUUAGGUGUCGCAAAAGAGAGUUGCUUGAAAUUAUUUUAAGACUAUAAAAUAAGGUUUUUCUUAUUAGUAUAUACAUAUAUAUAUAUAUAUAACGUGAAAGUAAAAUAAAUUAUAGAGAUCGCGAAAGUAAAAUAAAUUACAAAGAUCGCGAACUCUCAUUUUCUAUUUCUGUAUAAAUUAUUCUAAGAACGUAAAUCUUGCUUUUAGGGAAAAAACAGAUCUGGUCUUCAAUUACUUAUAUAAAUCUAUCGAUAGAAACAUUUUUUUUAACGUAUCAAACAUCUCAAAGAUGAGUCUUGCCUUUAUCUAUGAAUCUCUUCGAAACAAAACAAAAAAUCUCAAUUUCAUCCGCGACGCUUUGUGCAAGAAUACUAUCACUUUUGACGCCAGGCAGUAAGCGACGUCACCGAUGUAAGCUCGAUAGGUAAGGGAGAUGUACAAAAUUCACUAUGAUUGUCUACCAAGCAAGCAAACGAGCAAAAAAGAAAAGAAAUUAAAGAGCGAAAGAGAGAGAGGGAGAGAGAAAGCGAAAGAGAGGGAAAAAAAGGUACGACAAAGUAUUUAGAAAUGGAGAAAACAAAUUCAAUGGCUUAUAAAGCGAGCACACUCUAGGCCGAGAUGAUCGCUAUAAAGUUGUUAAGUAUAAUGAUUGCCUUCCUGCCAUAUUUGGGGUAUGCCAAGUAUAAAAAUUAUAAGGUUUAGGGAUUAGAGACGAGAAACUGUGGCUCGACACGACAGACCGUGUCGAAAUUUCGGUGAGUUCGGCGACCACGAGUGUCUGUGCAUCAAUGCGAGAUUGCGAAAGUCUGAAUAUACGAAUCUGCAUGCGUGCGUGCGUGCGUGCGUGCGUGAACACGAGUGUGAACGGACUGAGUAUACGGACGAAGGUGCAAAUGGAUUUGAAAGAAAAGCUCGUAUACGUGUUCUUUUUUCGAAAGAUCGUGCUAUUUUUCAAAAUUUUACACACGUCGCGCGUGAUUUCGCAAAGGGAUCUCCAAGUCCUCGACAAUCGAUGAACGAGCUGUGCCGACCACUGAAAAUGAUGGAGGUAUUUUAAUAUCUACUGUGCAAAAUCGAGAGCGGAAUUAUGCACUAAUACAAUUUAUUGGAGAUUGUAAUUAUAAUCAUCUUUGCUAAAUUCAGAAUCCGCAGAGUUUUAGACUUGAUUACUGCAAAGUAUCGCAUUUCGAUGGUGCUGCUAAUACGAAGAUCCUUCAUUUGACCACUGUCACUAACAAGCAGACAAUUUUUAUUAUAACGUCAACCAAAUAGAGCGAAAUUGUACAUGAUUAAAAUUUAUUGGACUUUGUAAUUGAUCGUCUGUACUAAAUUCGAUCCAAUUCGGUUUUGAUUCGCCGCUAAGUAUCACCUUUCGAUAGUGUUAAUAUGAAGAUCCUCAUUUGAUCAUUUAUAUCUUCCACCAGCUAUAAACGAACCGUAAUUUUUCAAAUAAUUUAAUUCUAAAUAUGUAUCUCAUCGAAAUUUUCUGAGAUUUCCUAACAUCGGCACGCUGGUUCGGGAGAGAGAAAGAGGAAGAGUGCGAGAGAAUGCGAGUGAGAGUGAGAGAGAGAGAGAGAGAGAGAGAG